UUUCAUUUCAGGUUUCGGACUGUAAACAUCUCUAAAAAAAUUGUAAAAAUUUUAUAAGAAAUCCAAGUCAAAUAUUUUGUUCAAAAUUUGUAGUCAUGGAAUACGGAAAUGGUAUGCAAUACGAUGGUUAUAGCCAAGGUGGCGAGGGCUUUGAAAUGUUGUACAACCAAACGAGCAGUGGCCAAGGAUAUAGCCAGCAGCAGAGUAAUUGCGGACAAGGAUCUUCAAAUUUUAAUGGUGGAUCUGCAUCGCUUGGUGGUCCUGGGUAUCGCAGUCCCUUGCGAUACACAAAAAUGCUUCGUGAAAUGAACUCUCGAAACGGGCUUUACUCUCCAAUGGAACAGCAGAGGAGCAGUGGGCAAGGCGACUACUAUAAUACAUUGCCCGGCCUUGGCGGCCCAGAAGGUCAAGCUUACCAUUCGCGGGGCAAUGGUAAUCCAUACUACUAAAGUAAACCCAUGCACUUCGUAGCAAUUGUUGAUAUAAUUUAAUAAAAGAAAUUUUGAAAUGUG